AUGGCUGCAGACGCAGACUGUUACCUAUGGAGCAACGACCAAAGCCAGCUUUGUUACAAUUGCAACUCAUGCAAGGCUGGUCUUUUGGGAAACCUUAGAAAAGAUUGGCGUAAAGCAAAUCUCAUACUCAUAAUCACUGUCGUCGUGCUCAUUUGGGUUUAUGUUAUUGCGUGUAGUGCGUUUAGAAAUGCUCAGACUGAGGAUCUAUUUCGCAAAUACAAACAGGGUUGGGUCUAA